AUGAAUCAUCUGGGUGUUGGAUAGUAAUAAAAAAAGACUGUUGUUUGCAAUAACACUGAAGUUUAGUUGGUAAUACCUUAACAGCCACAGAAUAUUUAAUAUACCAGACAACCUCACGUUGUUUAUUGUGCUAAUUGUAACAAUCAAAUUUAAACACAUGUUUAAUUGAAGAUUGGCAAGGGUCAAUUGAUGAUGGCCUUGAUAAUGUUGCCUAAGCUACUAUGUGCUUGUGUGAUCCCCUUAUUGAUGGAUGAUUGCCGAGAUGCAGUUCAUUUAUGUCCUGUUUGCAAGGCCGAAGUAGGAAGAAAGAAUUUCAUCUUUGAAUGAUUUAUGCAAUAAUGAAAAUCAACUUAAUAUAUAAUUAAAUUAUUUUAUCAAAAACUACGACA